CAAGAACGCGCCCCCAACCGCAGAGCCUUACUUCGAUAUAUACCCGGACAUGGACAUGGUAGCGUGCUCAGUCGAUGGAUCUUGGUCUAUUAGUUACAAUGUAUAAUCCAAAAAUCUUUUAUGUAAGUGUCCAUAGGCUAUGGAUCCUAACCAGUGCCGUCCCCGGCGCCACCUAGACGUCAGAAACUCUUUUCCUUUUGCUAGAAAGGAGAUACUCCGGGAAUACAUUCCAGAGCUUGACCCAGAUAACGAGCGGGCCCAGACACUCCGCGUACGCAUGUCGAAGCGGUCCAACAUGCUGCGGCUACAGUUCGGGCUGACGGCAGUAGUUGUGAUAGCCAACACGGCCGUUGCCAUCUGGGCUUACAUUACCUUCCCGCCCGAUGCGCGCGGGGUUGGAACGCUGAAGCUUGGCGACUGCGACGACGUCGGAACCCUCAAUAGCGGGCUUCACCUUCUCAUCAACGUGCUAUCGUCACUCUUUCUGGGCGCAGGCAACUACUGCAUGCAGACACUGGCGGCCCCGACCCGCGCCGAGAUGGACUUGGCACACUCCCGAGGCCACUCGCUCGACGUCGGAGUGCCGAGCAUACGCAACUUGAAGCGCAUCGCCCGCUACCGCGCAGCACUGUGGCUACUCCUCGGUGUGCUUUCGACGCUGCUCCAUCUCAUCUGGAACUCGGUCGUCUUUACGUCCUUCCCCGUCGUCAGCUAUCCCGUAGCCAUGGUUUCCAGCGAUUGGCGCGAGACAUUCAACAUGAGCUGGGGGGUCGCGCCACUGCCAUACUCUUACACGCUAGACAACUACAACCCAAACGGGGAUUGGGAUCGCAUCCUCGACAUGCAGUCGCGGCUCGCAAACUUUACCCGCCUCGAGAGGAAAGCCUGCCUGACCCAGUUCGCCGACUACCGGACGCAGAAGGCGCCCCUCGCCGUCGUCGCCCUCAACGUCACGUCCGAGUAUAACCGGGGCUAUUCGCUUCUCCACGGUUGGGGCUCCGACUGGGCCAGCGGCACGUGGCUGACGGCGUCGUGGUGGAUCUGUGAUGUUUACAAUCCAGCCAACAGGCCUGACUGGCAGCCUUGCGACGAGAGACUGGUAGACAAGCUAAAGCUAGCGGACGAGUGGGUAUACCUCGCCUUCAGCCGUGUCGAAAAGGCCGUCUUGAUGGCCGUCGACUACUGCCUGGUCGGUCCCGCCAGGGACAUGGAGUCCAAAUGUGGCCUCCACUAUGGCUCGUCGCUAUUCGUUGCCGUGGUGUCUGCUACGUUCGUAGAGUCGCUGCUCGUGCUGGUUCUGUGGCGCCAGUCGAUGCCACAAGGUGGCAGAAGGAAGAGGCUUAUUGGAGAGGUGCCUACACCGCAGGCACCGGCUGUCAAAGACGAGAGGGGGAAAUCAAUGGUCCUCAUGGGAGAUGCCAUCGCGUCGUACCUCCGUUACCCCGGGCAGCUUCCUCGGCAUGUUGAGAUGGAGGUACAGAAAUGGGAGACUAGUUCUCGCAUCACCUGGUUCUCGACAGUCAGCCCGACCACAUGGAUGGUUUCUCUAUCAUACCUCGCCAUUGGAAUCGGCUUCCCAUUGUACUUGAUUAUCAGCUCCAUCAAAUACACCAAGCAAUUAGGCUUUGACACCAGCAUGGCGGGCAUCUGGCUGCGCGGUCUGAAGAGCAUAAGCCCGUCCCUGCUGGCCUUCAGGACGGGCGACCACGAAUACCCGCUGCUUGCGUGCGUAAUCAUGGCCAACGCAUUCCAGGUCUGGAUAAGUCUCCUUUAUGUCGUAUACAACAACAUCCUCACACGGCAGCUCGUUGCCGAUGAGUGGAUGCGUUUCCUGCGAGGGCCCGCCGGCAAGAAGCCUCUGCGCGUGUCCCAGCCCGAGGGGAUGCAGCGGUCCAACUACACGCUCUCCCUGCCAUUUGCGUACUCGGUGCCGCUCAUGGUGGCCCUGACGGCCCUGCACUGGCUGGUGUCGCAGGCCAUCUUCCUGGUCCAGACCCUGGGUUUCGACACGGCCUGGCCCGACCCCCGUCGAGUUCCUUCCUUUGACCACACUGCCGUUGGCCACAGCCACCUGGGUGAGGUCCUGGCUCUCAUGAUGGGCGGGGUCAUGAUCGUUGCGCUGUUGGUCAACUCGUUUGCGAGGUACCACCAGCCCUGUCCUCCUGGCUUGCCGGGCUCGGGUGUCGACAGUGCUCUCAUCCGUGCCUUUUGCAGUCGGCCGGCCCGGGACGUAGACGCCGACAUCUUUCCGGUUCGGCUUGGGGUAGUACAGAACACAGAUGCGUGGGAUGGUCACUCGGGUCCGCCAACAGUGGUGUUUUCGACUUACACAAGGAUUGAAAAGCCUGUCUCCGAUGCAAGCUAUCUACUCCCAAGGAUCAACAAGCCUUACCGGACACCAUGGAGAUGGCUAUCUUGGUAUACAAAGGUCAAAAGCAAAGUAUAAGUGUAUGUAACUGUGUGGUGGCUUUGAACCUUUUAUUAAUUGCUGCCAUGAUCUGACACUCAAAAUAAUUUAUUCGGCAUAUUGGGCUGCUUUCCUCGUGACUACUAAGACGAAGACCACUUUGCUGUAACAAGUGCCAAAGUAGACCCUUUUGGCUGUUCAACACCCUGGUAGACGAACCUGGGGUCAGCCUCGGUGAGCAGGUGCUUCCAUUCAGACAGCGAUCGCUCUCGUGCGUUGAACGUGGAUGCCAUGACUAGAUCAUCAGACCUUCGAGUUGAACAAGUUGGGCAAGU